AUGGAUCAGGAAGGCUGCGUCUGUGGGCCGUGCCAGGCUGGACCAGGGCAGUCCAGAGGAUUACCCACGUUUCAGAAGCGGGUUGGGAAAGAAGCUGCAGGAGCCUCUGUUGAUCCGUCGGCUGUGAGGGAAGCGUGUGUGUGCGUUUCACAUUGGAGAACUGGCCAGGAGGUUCCGGAUGGCGAGCUUAGUCCCGAACCAGAGUUGAGCUCCAAGAGAGGAACUCAACUGUCAGCAGGCUCCACAGUACGACAGACGAAGAUGGGAGUACUGAGGACAACAAGGAUGGAUUACCACCAAUCCCAGCCAAUGUCCAACCACCAGCUGCUGACGCGGAUCCACCUAUUGCUCCUGCUGGUGGCGCCAGAAACUUCCCUGGAAGCCAGGCCGAGGCCACUUUCCCGAAUACACCCCGCCGUUCGCUACCAGCGAUGUCUCAACAGGAAUUGA